AUUUGUCAUGUUUGAGAAAAAAUUUCAUCAGAGACAAUUUUCUCAUGUGUAAUUAGAGAUAAAAGUUUGUGGUAACUGUAACCAAUUCCGCAAAGAAGAAAAAAGAAGAGAAAUAUUUCUUGCUGCAAACUAAUCAGCUGAUUGAUUGAUUGUUUACGUAUUUCUGUGAUUUGAACUUGGAUCAAGUGAACUGCAGCUGCACUAGAUCUAAACUAAAUUGAUUAUGUUCUCAAGUAGACAGACGUAGCUAGAGCUUGUAAGCUGUGGGUCGAUUAAAUUGAAAUUGUUUUUGGGCCUUGUGUACAUGAGCACGUAUGAUGUAUAAAUUUAAUUAAUUUUUACAUUUUGCCUAUCACAACUAAUUAUCACGCCAAGAAUGAUACUAAGGAAGAAAAGAAUUAUAAGAAGGUAUUGAUUUAUAGUCCAUGAUCAUUUCUUUAAAGUACCAAAUAAGAAAUUGACUUUCAUGCUCACAAUGUUCAGCCCAGACACAAUGUCUCUGUUGAGACAUAUCAGUAUCAAUAUAUUUGGGGCUUCAUUGAUUCCAUGCUUCUUGUAUGUCUUGUGCCUAUUGGAUUUAAUAACCCUAUUUGCAUUUAAAAUAUCCCUAUUGGUCUGUGUAAUACUGUUUGUGAUACUGCCGCUAAUAUUUAAGUAUUCCUAUGCCUUUCAGCGGAAAGUAGUAUUUCUAAAUUUCAUCAGAAUUCCUAUAAAUGCAGAUUAUGAACACCCUCAAAAAUAUGGAUUACAUGGUGCUCGUAAUUUCUAUCUGAAAACUGAUGAUGGUAUAAAUUUGGGGGUUUGGCAGAUCCUACCAGAAAAUCUAACCCAUAUCAAUAAAAAAGAUGAUGAGUUUUUCACAUCGAUUUUAGAUGAUGGGCAAGAUAUAGUUGUGUACUAUCAUGGUAAUGGAGGAUGUAGGUUAACAGACCAUAGAAUAGAACUUUACAAAGUCCUAAGGAAAUAUUUUCAUGUAAUUGCCUUUGAUUAUAGAGAUUAUGGUGAUUCUUCGAACACUGUAAAGCCUUCAGAGGAGGGAGUUAUAAAUGAUGCAAUCAGUGUUUAUCAGUGGGUGGCUAAUAGAACAAGUUCUCAUAUUUUUGUUUGGGGACACUCACUUGGAACUAGUAUAUCCACAUAUGCCUUAGCUAGAUUGGCAAAAUCAGGCUACAAAAAGGCAGCAGGUCUGAUAUUAGAGGCACCCUUUAAUAAUUUUAGGGAUGAAAUUAGUGAAUUUCCAUUGGCCAAGUUUUUUCGACCACUUCCAUGGUUUGAAUACACCAUAGUUAAUCCAGUUGCUAGUAACUUUGAAUUUGCAACUGACAAGUAUAUCUGCCACGUGAAUGUCCCUAUAAUGAUUUUGCAUGCUGCCGACGACAAAGUUGUACCUUUUAAAUUGGGAUAUAAACUUUACAAGCUAAUCAAGCAAUGUCCGAAUAGAAAUAGUGACAUAAUUUUUCAUGCUUUUGAUGGCAAAUUCAAGUAUGGCCACAAAUUUAUAUGCCAGGCUCCGAGUCUGCAAGAAAAAAUAAGGGAUUUUAUUGAACUGGCCAUAAACCAUAAAACUUAAUUUUUCACUGUGUUAAGGAAAAAUAAAGCUUUACUUUCUCCAUCAUGUCCGUUUUAUAUAGUUCUAUAUAAUGUGCAGACAAAGUGCAAGAUUAUAGAACAUCUAUUGCAGUGCGAUAACAAUGCUUAUGGGGUCCUGUAAUUUUGCAAACAAGUUUUUACUCACUU